AUGGGCAAGACAAGAGUUCGCGUCGUCGAAGGCUCUUGCUGGCCCUGCAAGAAACGUCGAAUCAAGUGCGACCUAGCCAAACCCAUCUGUUCGAGAUGCGCCAAAGUCGGCGCCUCUUGCGAUUACAAUACCCGGUUGAUCAGAUGGAGCACGCGACCAGCUGUUACAGUACCCGCCAUCUAUCAAGUAACGAGUCGUGAUGAACAGCUGGCUUCCUCUCUCGCCGUCUACGAGAAGCGCUCCCUCGACUACUUCCACGGCCGUUUCUGGCCGUUACUCACAACUGCUUCAGAACCAUGCGCACCUCCGACCCUCAUCGCUUUAGAGCAUCGCGUCGUAUUGCUUGCCACCUGUGUCCUAGCCGACUCACAUCGAUGGCUGCAAGAUGGACGCAAUAGUCGCAGCAUCAUGAACGUCAAGCGGGCGGAAUGUCUCGCCGCCCUACGUGAAAAGGUCAACGACUAUUGUGCAAAGGACGAUGGCCCACUGCAGACACUCCUGUUUGCCGUGUUGCUACUCUACUUCCAUGACGGUUUCCUCGAGUGCGCGCAGUCCUCAAUGUCUACUUCAAGCCAUCGGGAUGGGGUGCUGGCCAUUCUCCAACGCCUCGGGGGCAUAGAAACUGUCCUGGGUAGUGGUCAAGACCCUCUUCACAUGCUCUUAUCAGAGUUUGCGACAACAGAUCUCACCAGAGCUAUGCUCACAGGUCAAGCUCCUUCCUUUUCACCUGCCUUGUGGGAUGUUGUCGACAGGGGCCCUGUCUGGUGGGGGAGAGACACAAUGGGAUACUGUUCGCUCUCGUCUGUCUUUCAGGAGAUAUCAAGCAUGGCCUUCUAUCUCGAAGAUGUGGCGCAGAUGCGCCAGGAGUUCUCAAUCGAACGAAUCCGAACCUUUGAGGUAUCUCUGAGGCCGACAUACGCACCCCUGGCUCUAGAAGACCUACCUUCGCCUGGUUCAAGUUCAAAGGAAUCGACAGAGUCCGACAAAGAAUCAGCGCAAGCGUACAGUCUCGUCCGCAUCUUCCAACACUCAGCACUCAUCUAUCUCUACCGGGCAAUAUGCGGCCUGCCCUCCAACCACGCAUUGGUCCAACAACAUACUCAAUCAUGUCUUGACUGUAUCUCCAGCAUCAAACGGCCCUCCAAGAUCCUCAACUGUUCAGUCCUGCCUCUUUGUAUUGCCGGGGCUCAUGCCCAAUGCCCAAAGCAGCAGCGGGCAGUUCGCAGUAUGGCGACAUUUAUAUAUGAUGAGAUUCGGUUUGCGUCCGUCAACUCGGUCGUUGCGGCUUUGGAAGCCAUCUGGAAGAGAACGCCGGAGGAGAGCUUGACUUGGACUGAAAUGUUUUCACACUUGAACCCGGAGGCCAUUAUCCUCUAG